AUGGAGAGAAAUCAAAUGCAUAGGCAAAUCGCUAACAUUCGGAAAUCUCUUUUCGAACAGGGAUAUUUAGAUGAACAAUUCAUACAAUUGGAGGAGUUGCAAGACAAUUAUAAUCCCAAUUUCGUAGAGGAAGUUGUCACGUUGUUUUAUCGUGAUUCUGCUCGUUUUCUCUUUAGUCUCGAUCAAGCAUUGGGGAAAAGGCCUUUGGAUUUCACUAAGCUAGAUAACUUAAUGCAUCAAUUCCAAAGUAGAAGCACUAGCAUUGGAGCUAAGAAGGUCAAAACUGAGUGCACCCACUUCAAAAACUAUUGCAAUGCCAAAAAUGUUGAAGGAUGCAAGAGGUCCUUCCAGAAUGUCAAGAAAGAGUAUACAACUCUUAGAAAGAAACUUGAAGCUUAUUUACAGAUAUCAAGACAAGUUAGGGUUAUUGACACGGCAUGUGCGCCUUGAUAAAUACUUCUGACUCCAGCAAGCUUGAGAUGGUUUAGCCGAGUGUGUUAA